CUAUUAGUGAGGUCUGAUGGGUGUUCUAUUAGUGAGGUCUGAUAGGUGUUCUAUUAGUGAGGUCUGAUAGGUGUUCUAUUAGUGAGGUCUGAUAGGUGUUCUAUUAGUGAGGUCUGAUGGGUGUUUUAUUAGUGAGGUCUGAUAGGUGUUUGUUUUUAUUACCGAGGACUGACAGGUGUUUUAUUAGUGUGGUCUGAUCACAGGGCUCAUGUUGGUGAGGAUGUGGUCUCUGUGUGAUGGCUGCCCCCUGUGCUGAGAUCCUGUACUGUCAGUAGGUCUUUCCCCCCAGUCAUUGCUCCCCUGGCUGGGUUCAGGGUCCCCAGGAUCCCCAGCUGCCGUAUCAUGGGCUCGGAGAGCAGCUCCCUGCGGGGAUUCACCCUCCAGGACCCCCCCUGGAACCAGCCGUCCGGACUCACCAUUUACCCGGCCCUCCUGGCCGACAGCCGCCCGGCCUCCGUGUUCGUGUAUCAGCCUGAGAACCAAAGCAUGGUGGACAAGGCAGCCAAGCAUCUGAAAACCCUCCGUCACCCAUGUCUCCUGCGAUUCCUGUCAUGCACAGUGGAGGAAGAUGGCAUCUAUCUAGUGACCGAGCGGGUCCAGCCUUUAGAAAUCUUAAUCCAGAAGCUGUCUACAGACGAAAUCUGUGCUGGGGUCUAUGAUGUCUUGCAGGCUCUGGUAUUCCUUCAUGAACGGGGGAUGGUUUCUCACAACAAUGUCUGUUUAUCUUCUGUGUUUGUGAGUGAAGAUGGGCACUGGAAGCUGGGUGGCAUGGAGAUGGUCUGCAAGCUUACUGAAGUGGUACCUGAGUCAGCGGAAUUUGGAAUUAUACCAAUAUCGCUAAGUCAUGCCCGGGAUGCCUUCUCAUUUGGUCGGCUUGCUGAGAGUCUUCUGGCGCACGUAAAAGAUCAAAAUGAAGCACUCUCAAGUUUCAAGAGCACUGUUAAGAACUCCCUCCUGAAUCCAGAACCUGAACUCAGACCUGCCAUUUCCACUUUACUAUCUCAUGGCUUCUUUAGGAAUGAUUUUUUGGAAGUUGUGAAUUUCUUAGAAAGCUUAACUGUGAAGAGCGAGGACGAGAAGAGUGAAUUUUUCAAAUGUCUCUUGGAUAAAGUGUCUCCUUUGCCAGAAGAGCUGAUUUCCUCCCGACUUGUUCCGCUUCUCCUGAAUCAGCUGGUGUUUGCUGAGCCCAUGGCAGUAAAAUGCUUUUUGCCUCAUCUUCUCAGGCCAAAACGAGAUAUUAUGGGAAGAAAUCGUGAAGAUUGCCUGCUGUCCCCAGCUUUGUUCCAGACCAGAGUCAUUCCCAUGUUGAUGAAAAUGUUUGAGGUCCACGAGGAACAUGUCCGUGUUGUUCUCCUUACUCAUAUUGAUGCAUAUGGGGAGUUGUUCACUCUGAAGGAGUUGAAGGACAUCAUUCUUCCUCAGGUUCUUCUGGGCCUGAGAGACACCAGUGAUUUGUUGGUAUCUGUCACACUGCGUGGCCUUGCUGCUUUAGUGUGUCUGCUUGGCCCAGAGGUGGUGGUUGGAGGAGGAAGGGUUAAAAUCUUCAAAAGCUCUACCCCAGGGUUCACGAAAACAACAGACAUCACCCCAGAAGGUUCUCCUGUCCAUGCCGCCAAUAAUUACCGGAUGCUUUUGAACCAAGAAGUCAGGAGCAACAUUCCAACAGUACUCGAUAAAGGUCAUUUACCAGGAACGGAGCCUGUUCAUCAAAAAAUUUUGUUUAACAAAGAACUAAAAAAUAAAGAACCUUUGAAGGAAACGAGGCCUAAUUUGUCCACUCCAAGUGCCAUCUUGUCUCUUACACCAUCAUUGAAUGGAGUUACGCAGUUUCCGAAUACUUUUGGUACUCGCAUAAACCAUGGACCGAAACCCUCCGAAGAGUGGCCAGAUUGGAAUGAACCAGAUGUUAGCAGUGAGAAGCCUGGAAAGUUACAUGUGAAGUCGAUGGACAGCGAGGUUACGGAUGAUGUGGAUACAGAGCCAUGGGAUGACUUUGGCUCAUCUAGUGAAAUGGCAAAUUGUUCAAAAUCUGCACAUUUGGAUCUAGCUAAUGCCAGUGCUUCUGGUUUUGACCCUGUCCUUAGCUUGGACAAUAGCUCACAAAACUGGACAACAGACAUUACAAAACCCAUUAAAGAAACCAAGAAACUAGUUUUAACUUAUGUAAACGCUUUGCAGGAAAAAGCUCCAGAGAAGAAGUUAGGGGCUGGGCUGGGCGAGGAGUUUACGAUAAAGGUUACACGCAAAAGCAGAGAUCCCGAGCUAGACUGGUUUGCUGACAUGACUCCAGAAAUUAAAGCCUCUUCUGUUCCCUUUAAUGGGUCUACAUUUGGUGCAGAGUCCCUUUCUGAACUCGGUGACAAUGUAUCAAACAAAGUUCAGAACUUUACAGAUUCCUCUAGUUCUGAAGCUCGUGCUUUUUCUUCGAAGUUUGCUGCAACAGAAGUUACAGAAGUGGAGGCAGAGGGUUGGGGAGAAGAAAAUGACUUCAGUUGGGAAGAAGAUUCUACAAACUGAUGAACAUUUAUCUGGCCAAGAUCUUAUUCUAUUUAUUGUAUAAUUGUAUAUGAGCCACGCUGUGCAAAUCUGAAUGUAUAGGGGGUUUCUAACUUAUAACAAAUAUAGUGUUUUGCCAAGUGACUGUAAUUCUAUUGCAAAGUUUGGUGCAUUUUAAUUAAGAACUGAUUAAAAUCAUCUCAAGUCAA